GCAGCAACUCGCAGGCGGUCCCUGGGGUGGCAUCGGCGGCCCUUGGCUGUGCUGUCGUCUGUCGCCGGGCCGGACCGGGCCGGGCCAGGAUGCGGUCCUCCUGCGUGCUGCUCACCGCGCUGGUGGCGCUGGCCGCCUACUACGUCUACAUCCCCCUACCCGGCGCCGUCUCGGACCCCUGGAAGCUGAUGCUGCUGGACGCCACUUUCCGGAGCGCCCAGCAAAUGAGUAACCUGAUCCACUACCUGGGACUGAGCCAUCAUCUGCUGGCGCUGAAUUUUAUCAUCCUCUCAUUUGGCAAGAAAAGCGCGUGGUCAACCCCUCAGGUGAAGGUGACGGACACCGACUUUGAUGGUGUGGAAGUCAGAGUGUUCGAAGGCUCCCCAAAGCCGCAGGAGCCGCUGAAGCGCAGUGUGGUUUACAUCCAUGGAGGCGGCUGGGCCCUGGCCAGUGCAAAAAUCAGCUAUUAUGAUGAAUUGUGUACAGCAAUGGCUGAGGAGUUGAAUGCUGUCAUCGUCUCCAUUGAUUACCGGCUAGUUCCAAAGGUUUAUUUUCCUGCACAAAUCCAGGAUGUUGUACGUGCCACGAAAUAUUUCCUUCGACCAGAAGUCUUACAGAAGUAUUCGGUUGACCCAAGCAGAGUUGGCAUUUCCGGUGACAGUGCUGGGGGAAAUCUGGCCGCAGCCUUGGGCCAACAGUUUAAUCAAGAUGCUGACCUCAGAAACAAGCUCAAACUGCAAGCUUUAAUUUAUCCGGUUCUUCAAGCUUUAGAUUUCAACACGCCCUCCUACCAGCAGAAUGUGAACACCCCCAUCCUGCCCCGCUACGUCAUGGUCAAGUACUGGGUGGACUACUUCAACGGCAACUAUGACUUUGUCCAGGCCAUGAUGGUCAACAAUCACACGUCACUUGACGUGCAAGAGGCCGCCGCUCUCCGGGGCCGUCUGAACUGGACGUCACUCUUACCUGCGUCCAUCACAAAGAGCUACCAGCCCGUCAUGCAGACCACCGGCAAUGCCAGGAUCAUCAAGGAGAUCCCUCAGCUGUUGGACGCCCGGUCUGCCCCACUGAUUGCAGACCAGGAAGUGCUGCAACACCUCCCGAAGACUUACAUCCUCACUUGUGAGCAUGAUGUCCUCAGGGAUGAUGGAAUCAUGUAUGCGAAGCGUCUGGAGCGUGCCGGUGUGGAGGUGACCCUUGAUCACUUUGAGGAUGGCUUCCACGGAUGCAUGAUUUUCACCAGAUGGCCUACCAACUUCUCGGUGGGAAUCCGGACUAGGAAUAGUUACAUCCGGUGGCUGAAGGAAAACCUGUAAAGGAGUCACAUUUCUAGAAUGCUUGAGCCCCUCUUGACCUUCUGUACCUGCUUUGGAAACACAUGCAUCUUAGUCCACUAAUUUCCCCCUUGUUACUCACGACUUGUGGAAUCUCUACUUCCUCUGGACUUUAUGCCGAUUUUUAAAAAAUUUAAUACGUUGCACUAACUGAAAUGCAAAAAAAAAAAUGAAUCUGGUUCUCAAAGUGGGCCAGUCUCUCUAUUCUUGUUUUAGCCAAACUACUGCUAAUACUCACAGCUGGAGAAAGCUAGAACAGGAACUGGGACUACAAGAUUUUGGGGCCCUGCCUGUGUCAAGAAGUUCUUUUCAGAAGAAAAAUUUCCAGCUGUGGGUGGUGAAAUAGUGACUCUAAUAAGUUUAAAAAACAUACGUGGGCUCUUCUUCAACUUGCUAGAGUUUACUAGGAGUUCAGAGCAGUGUUCAGUGGGUGCGCUUGAAGGUCAGAUUUGGGUCCCAAGUGUCCUCUGUUCUUUAUGGAUGGAUGGUUUUUGUUUCCUAUGGGAAUUUUGACAAUAACAUUCUAGCAAGGACAUCUUUCUCAAAGGACUUCUUUCCUUUAUUGUGUUUAUGAGAUGGCUUAUCCGUCCAACUGGAUGAUGAUGAUACUUGAAAGUUACUUUCUGCCACUCUUACUAGAAAAUGUGAGGUUGCAUGCACUGGAUAUCUGUAUCUUAGUACUUUUUUUUUAGUUAUGUUAUCCCCUUGAGUGAGAUCUUUUAGGAGUAAGUUUAUUUAGACUUAGAGUAAAUCUUCCUGUAUAGAAGAUGAAAAUGAAAUGCUAAUAGUUUCCUAAUGAAUAUUUCUGACAUAAAAUUAUCAAGAGCAGUAUAAAUAUAUUUGACAUAGAAAAGAAAGUAUACUUACUAUUGGUAUAAAAUUAUAAAAGUUACUUUCUGAGGUCCUAGAUCUUGGAAACACAAUUUUUUCAUCUACUUGGAUUUAAAAUGGAGCUAUUUUGGUAUGUACAAUGUGUUGUUUAUUUUCUAAAGUUAUUUAAUGUUAAUAUAUGUCACUAGACUUAAGAUUUUUUCAGGAUAAUAUCUGCAAUGAACAUUAUUAAAACUAAUGAUCUUUUUAAACAGCUAUCUUAGGGUUUAAAAUGUGAUCCUAGAAUUAUACCCUAUUAUAAUUUUAUGAAAAUAUUGAACAGCUAUUAUACUACUAUAUACUAGGCCUAAAUAUUUUUGUUUAUAUGCAUAUGCAGAUUAAAUAUUAGAAACUAUAGCAACAUUUCAUAAAAUCCUCUAAAUCCGAUAGCUUUGGAUACACUGCUCAUUUCUGCUCUGUCUGGUCAGAGGAAUACUAGCUGACCUGUUCUUCUGGCUGACCAGCAUGCAUUGUCCCCUGGGGCCCUCAUGCCUCUUUGUCCCUUUCUAGCCCCGUUUAGAAUUUUGCAUCAUCCAUAUUCACUGAGCUUCAUGGGAAGCCUUCACUGCCAGUGGGAAUAUUUCUGACACAGCACAAACCUUGAGUGUGAUUUGAGUUGACGACCUCUGCCCCUUUUUUCCCUGUAGCUCUGACUUCUGCUUUCUGGGAUUGCAGAGAAGAGCAGUAGUAUGGUCCAGUAACACACACGUGAAGAGAAAGUAAAACCCUUCUUUCUCAUUGGAAAGAUUUUAGGGCUGGAGUAAUGGUCAACUGGUAGAGCACUUGCCUUUCAUGCAACUAACCUGGGUUCGAUCCCCAGCAUUCCAUAGAGUCCCCUAGCACUGCCAGGAGUAAUUCCUAGUGCAGAGCCAGGAGUAAACCCUGAGCACUGCCGAAUGUGGCCCCAAAACAAACUUUAGAAAAAAAUAAAGUCUAAAGAAAUGGAAUAUUUUAUGCGCUUGGCAGUAAAAUAAACAUAUGCAUACUUAUUUUUUAUUUACUAUAUAUGUCAAUAUAUAGUAAAUUUUACAUACAAACCAGAAGUAAAUGCAGCAAUGUGUGUAUGUGUGUGCAUAUGUGCGUAUAGAUUCAUGCAGAUUAACUUGCUAAUGUAUUGAGGCAAGUCACAUAUCUCUGUUUCCUUUUCCUUUCUUCUAAAAUCAGUUGAAUUACUUGAUUUAAAAACUUUGACUAUUUUGUCACGCUGACCCAUUAUAUUGAUCUAUUCAAUGGUAGUUUUAAAGUCCUUAUUUCAUAUGCACAACAGGCAUCUCAAAGAUUUGUCCUUAAAAAUGGAAAUUUUAGUUUUUACUGUUAGUUGCCCUACACAUUUAGUGUUAUUUAUUUUGACACCAUUGAAGGAACCAAUGUUUGAACCUUAUUUUGAGGCUAUCUACCUCUAAGAAAGCAAAGAUAAGAUUUUCCAUGCAUAGUUCCUUAAAGUGGUAUUUCCUGCCCUAUUCCCCCAAACCCCAGAAUUGUGAGCCAAAAAUCCUAUAGCAAUUACAGAAAACAAUUGAAUCCAGAUCUCUAAAGGGCUCUCUCCAGUAAAAUGGGGAGUUAAAAAAAAGGGAUCAACCACUGUUUCUGAUGAAAUACUUGAGUUUCAUGGAAGUUUUUACAUAUAUGAAUAAGUUGUCUAAUCACCUGCACUAUAUUCCACCUCAAACUCUCUAAUAAAAUGAAAUUCUUGUUGGAAUCAUAGCAAUCAAAAAUCAUGGUAUACAAAAGAAUGAGUUUAGACUAACCAAAACCAAGUUAAAAAGAGUUUAGACAAAUUUGAGUGCUAAUCCUCCUUUAGGAAGUCUACAGAAUUUAUGUUCAAGAUAUCUUGUUUUGGGACAACUUCAUUUUCUUUAAUUUUGAUACAAAGUAAUUUUUAUGCUCUGCAGGUUGAUGUCUCUUUAGUUGGUAUAAUGAUUUGGUUUGAUUUUCCUUAUUUUUUAAAACAAUUGUCUUUGUAAUCACUCUUUGUGAACUAUGAACAAAUAUAUGAAGAAACUCUUGAAGUGCUGCAAAAUACAGUGAAGUGUAGAAUAAUGUUUUAUCACUGUUAAAUAUUUGUUAAAAUUUUAAGAACAUUAUAUAAAAAUUAUCUUGGUGGAUAAUAAUAUUUUGUGCAUGAUCUUCUAAUCUUUAACUAUUUCCUCAUUUCCCACUGCAAAGGGGAAAGCAGAUUUUAUGGAUCUUAAUAGCUAAUAUAUUUUGUAAGGUGAAAAUCCAGUGUGGAUGUAGGCAAGUAUGUAUAUUUUGCCUUGUGUUUUAAAAUAAAAGGGUUCCAUCUGGAAAUGUG